AUGACCGGCGACGGCACCAACGACGCGCCGGCGUUGAAACUCAGCGACGUCGGGUUCGCGAUGAACUCCGGCAGCGACGUCGCGAAAAGCGCGUCGGAUAUCGUGUUGUUGGAUAACAACUUCGUCGGCAUGGUCCGGGCGACGAUGUGGGGGCGAAACAUCCGGGAUAAUAUUCGAAAAUUCUUGCAAUUUCAGAUGGCCGCGAAUAUCGCGACGUGCGUCGUCGUCGUGGCGGGCGCCCUCGGGGGGGGGAACCACCCCGGCUCGCUGCUCAAACCGGUGCAGCUUUUGUGGUUGAAUCUCAUCAUGGAUACCUUCGCGGCCCUCGCGCUCGCGACGGGGUUGCCAAACGAGGCGGUGCUGCUUUCGCGCCCGCCGGAGCGGCGGACGGCGCCGAUGAUUCUCCCCACCAUGUGGGUUCGAAUCGCCUGGCAAAGCGCGUUUCAAAUCGUCGUGCAGCUCUUCCUGAUGGGUUGGGGAUCUCGCUUUUGCGAGGCCCCGUCAUGGGGGGAUCGUCUGGAGGUGUUGGACGAGCCCGCCCUUAGGAGGGGGGGGGGGGCCGCGUGGUCCGCGAAGACGCAUAACACGUUGAUGUUUAACACCUUUAUUUGGAUGCAGGUGUUUAACUUCUUCAACGCGCGGUUGAUUCGCGCGAAUGAGAGGUUUUUUGGGGAUUGGCAGGCGAGUCAAAUGCUGUUGGGGGUGGUGGUAGGGGUGGCUUUCACGCAGGUGGGGAUCGUGCAGUUCGGGGGGGAGUUCUUCGGCACCGUGCCGCUCUCCCCUUCGCUGUGGAUCCUCUCCAUUGGGUUGGCCUCACAGAGCCUCACGGUGGGGUGGUUGAGCCGUCGCCAUGGAUAA